UUCCUGCGAACUAACUCCCCACUUUUGAACGGGCUGACGGGAUAGCAAGAAUACAUAGAGUAGAGAGAGCCCGGUCGGGAGGCGGCUGGAAAAUCCGCCGCCUAUAAGCUUCGUGAGAUAAGGACUCUUACCGCGGCUCGGGGCUUCAGCCUAUAGAGUGCCUUUACACUGGAAGUCGGAAUAUACGCAUUGCCAUGAUGGAAUGAGACUCUGCAACGGUUUAGAUAGAUCCUUGAACCUUAAUUGGUUUGGACGCUGGAGACCGAAAGAGAACCUGUACACCACUAAGGAUACUCGGAACUGUGGCUCACGUACCGCAUGUGAUUUAUCUGUACGUGUGAUCUUCUGGUAUAUAUAUUUUGAAGGUAAGGUAAGGAAUUGAUUUCGUCGACAGGAUCACGUCCUCAUCUGCUCAGCUCCAACUUCUUAAUACCAUCAUAUCGUUGUUCGAACGAUACCCAGUCGCAAUGGAACCGUUCUACUAUCUCAUCUUAGUGGGUAUAUCAUUACCUGUAUGGGCCGUGUCGUAUUGGGCCGUGCCAUAUUUCACGACCUACAAGCACUUAAAGCAGAUCCCCGGGCCAUUGAUUUGCAAGUUUAGCAACAUCUGGCUUGCUCUCGGUGCACGCCAGGGCCAGAAAUAUGCAUGGGUUGACCAAGCUCAUCGAAAAUACGGCAAGAUAGUUCGGGUGAGAUUCAACCAUGUCUCAAUUGCUACGCCUGAAGGGCUGCAUACUGUCUAUGCACACGGAAACGGCUUCUUAAAAGAUACAUUUUAUGAAGCCUUCGUUUCUGGGGUCCCUGGAGUUUUCAAUGUCCGUCACCGCGGGGAACACACGAGAAAACGCAAGAUCAUCGCCCAUGCAUUCUCUCCAGGUGCUGUGCAAGAUUUUGAGACGCACAUGAGCGCAAAUCUGGAACGAUGGGUCCGCCAACUAGACAAUAUUGCAACUCAUCCGGAUCCGGAAGGCUACGCGCGUAUGAAUAUGAUGCCGUGGUGUACAUUUCUGGCUUUCGACAUAAUUGGCGACCUCGCAUUUGGUGCCCCAUUCGGAAUGGUGUCCCGUGGCCGGGAUGAAUGUGAAGCAUCACUUCCGGGAAAGCCUAUAACCUAUGUUCCGGGGGCCGAGACUCUCAACCGAAGAGGCGAAGUCAGCUCAACUCUUGGCUUGCUCCCUGAAAUACGGCCUUUUGCAAAAUACCUUCCAGAUCCCUUCUUCACUAAAGGCUUGAGCUCUGUUGAAAACCUCCACGGAAUAGCUGAAAAUUCCGUCGCGAAGCGUCUCGAAGCAAGCGAAAAAGGAUAUUUUGAGGGAAAGAAGAGAAACGACAUUCUGGAAAUGCUCUGCAAUGCCAAAGACUCCUCUGGGAACCCAAUGCCUCGUGCCGAGUUAGUCUCCGAGGCUCUGACACAGCUUAUUGCAGGCAGCGAUACGGUAUCCAAUACAGCAUGUGCUGUGAUAUACUGGAUCCUCAGCGGUGAGCGUUCUAAGCCCGGAAGCGUAGUAUCCAGGCUCCAGGCAGAGCUCGACGCAGCUAUUCCCGCAGACUCACAGAUUGCGGCCCAUCAUCAAGUCAAGAAUUUGAAGUUUCUUAGGCAAUGCAUUGAUGAGGGAAUGCGGCUGCACUCUACUUCGGCAAUUGGACUUCCCCGGAUUGUGACGGCUCAGCAUGGUGUAUCCUAUGGAGAGCAUCACUUCCCCGAAGGUACUGUUCUUUCUGUCCCUAGCUACUCUAUUCAUCAUGACGCAGACGUCUGGGGACCAGAUGUUGAAGAAUUCAAGCCGGAUCGUUGGCUCAAUUUAACCCCGCGCCAAAAAGUCUGUUUCAAUCCGUUCUCAUAUGGACCUAGAGCGUGCGUGGGCCAAAAUGUUGCUCAUAUGGAAUUGGCUUUAAUUGUUGGCACGGCGUUCCAUCGAUACGACUUCAAACUGUAUCAGCCAAGGCUUGAGUCUCAUGAGGGAUUCUCAAAGAAACCAUUGAAAUGCUGGGUUGGAAUCAAGAAUCGACGGCAUGUAUAGGAGUAGGGGAGUGAAUGUUGUAGCUGGAGGGGUCGGAAAUAUGGAGAAGGGAGUUUCAUGACUAAUCAAGUCGCG